AUUAUUGUGCAUGUUCUUCCUUAUUCAACCUUAUUUCAUUCUCUCUCAGGCAGCCUUCACCUCACCUCCUCACCCAAAUCCUUGGAAUUUCUUCCCAUUGUUUGCAAUUCAAGCACUUGCCAUGUCAAUUGAAGACAACUCGACCAAUAUAAGAUUUGCAUCAAUCAUGGCUACCUUUUAACAUAUCAAUUAUAGGUGUGGGUUUCCUGUUGCGAAAAAUACUUGUUUGAUCAACCAUACUCUCGUCAUCAUGGCGGUUCUCUUACAACGGCUGCUGCGUCAGGACAAUUAGAACAUUUCAAUGGCGUUUUCAUGGUGGUUCUCUCGUAUACGCUCGUGUUUCCAAAUGAUCUUGGAACAUCCCAGUUUCAAAGAAAAAGUUUUGGCCUAAGUUGAAAGCUCAGCAGAAGGUUACCAUCAUGGAAACUUUGCUAUCCAUAUUGCCAUAUUGGAUUUUGCUGCUUCAUAGAAUUCGUACCCUAACCUUCGAUUGCGCAUGCGCCACAUUUCUGUGGAAAGGCCUCCAUUAAAUCUUCUACGCCAAGAAUUGGCUAGUACCUGUAUAUACAUGGAUAUAUUACAGAAAAGCACCUCAGAACUUGAUAGUAGUAGAGAGAACAAUAUUGAAACGAAUGACAUUCGGGAUUCAAAUGCCUCCUCGACCCCUAGCAACCUAAGCACAAUGCCUAUUCUGCUGCUGAUGAGAAUCUUGGUCAGGUCAUCUUCUAUGAAUAGUCAUGUAUUCAGAAAACAUCUCAGAAAGUUCUACCCAUUGCUUACCAAGCUUGUGUGCUGUGAUCAGGAUUUGCUAGAAGAUCCCCCAAGUCUUCCCAACACAGAUUAUCAUCGUCAUCGCCGCGAACUACUUGUUGAUUGAUUUGUGGGUAGUCGUCGUUCAGUUUUUGAUCAUCAGAAUUCAGCAAGUCCAGGUAAGAAAUUAUAUUAUUCCCCUCAUCCACCGAAGAAGAAGUAGCAGUAUUUCUUUCGUUUUCUUGAUUG